AUGGCACAAGGAUCACCAUCUUCUCCUUUUACCUACACAUUCACUUAUGAUGUCUUUCUUAAUUUUCGUGGUGAAGAUACACGCACUGGUUUUACUGGCAAUCUUUAUAGUGCUUUGAGUCAAAGAGGAGUCUUAACCUUCAUAGAUGAUGAUGGUCUCAAAAAAGGGGAAGAGAUUACACCUUCUCUACUCCAUGCAAUACAAAAGUCCAGGAUGGCUAUAGUUAUUUUCUCUAAAAACUAUGCAUCCUCAACGUUUUGUUUGAAAGAACUUGUCCAGAUCCUUGAGUGUUAUACAAAACAAAACAUGUCGAUUUUGCCAGUUUUCUAUGAUGUAGACCCAUCUGAAGUUCGACAUCAAACGGGAAGUUAUGGAGAAGCUUUCGCAAAGCAUGAACAGGGAAGAUUCAAGGAUGACAAAGAGAAGUUGCAAAAAUGGAGGUUGGCUUUGAGUCAAGCAGCUGGAUUGUCCGGUUGGCAUUUCAAACAUGGGAAGAAACUUUACCAUGAUUUUGAUGCAUUUAAUUUCAUAUUUAAGAAUGACGGGGGAGAAUAUGAGCAUGUGUUCAUUAAAAAUAUCAUAGAAAAGGUCUCCCUCAAGCUCAAUCGACCUCUCUUACAUAUUGCUAAUUAUCCUGUUGGAUUGAAAGCUCGGAUACAACAUGUAUGGUCGCUUAUAGGCACUGAAUUUAAUAAUAAAGUCACCAUGAUUGGGAUUCAUGGGAUUGGUGGAAUAGGAAAAUCAAUUAUUGCGCGUGAUAUUUAUAAUUCAGUAGCACAUCAAUUUGAAGGUUCGUGUUUUCUUGCCAAUGUUAGAGAAAAGUCAAAUAGGCAUGGCCUGGAGCAGAUCCAACAGAUCUUACUUUCUGAAGUAAUUGGGGAGAGAAAUAUCAAUUGGGGAGAUGUGAAUCAAGGAAUUCCAAUAUUGAAAGAAAGGCUUCAUAGGGAAAAAGUCCUACUUAUUCUUGAUGAUGUUGACAAAAAGGAACAAUUACAGGCAGUUGCUGGAGGACUUGAUUGGUUUGGUUCUGGCAGCAUUAUCGUCAUAACAACAAGGGAUAAGCAUUUAUUAGAAUUUCAUGGAAUUAAAAAACUAUAUGAGGUUAAUGAAUUCAAUGAUACUGAAGCUCUUGAAUUAUUUAGGUGGAAUGCUUUGCAAAGUAAAGAACUUGAUGCAAGUUACAUGGAAAUCAUAAAGCGUGCAAUAUAUUAUGCCAAUGGCCUUCCAUUAGCUUUGGAAACAAUAGGUUCAAACUUGUUUGGUAAAAAAUUAGAUGAAUGGAAAUCUGCACUUGAAGCCUAUGAAAGAAUUCCAAAUAGAGAUAUUCAGGAAAUUCUUAAAGUUAGCUACAAUGGCUUGGAGGAGAAUGAGAAGGAAAUUUUUCUUGACAUGGCUUGCUUCUUCAGAGGAUGCACUGUGCGAUAUGUUACAAACAUGCUACAUGCUCGUGGUUUUCACCCAAAAUAUGGUAUUGAGGUGCUGCAAAAAAAAUCUCUCAUUAAGUUUAUGAGAUCGAUUGAUGAUGAUGAGAUUGUGACAAUGCACGACUUGAUUCAAUAUAUAUGGGAAAAGAAAUAG